AUGGCAACUAGUGGGCAAAGUGAGGCUGUGAGACGGGAAGUUGGACAGCAUUUUGUGGUGGGGUUCCAUGGGUUUGAAGUGGAUGAGAACAUCAAGACGCUGAUCGCAAAGUAUCUUGUUGGUAAUGUUAUCUUGAUGAGGCGGAAUGUUCAAAGCACGAAACAGACUCAAGAGCUCAUCCGCACUCUCCAGCAGCUCGCAAAGGCCGCAGGACACGAGAGGCCGCUGCUUGUGGGCAUUGAUCAGGAGAACGGUCUGGUGUCGGCGUUCAGCUCUCCCAGUGCUGGGACCCAGUUUCCAGGAGCGAUGGCACUCGCUGCCACGGACUCGGUGGACUUGACAGAGAGGGUAUCAGCAGCGUCGGCAAGGGAACUGAAGAUGGUCGGGAUAAACUGGGUCUAUAGCCCCGUCGCGGAUGUGAACACGGAUUCAAGGAAUGCUGUCAUUGGUGUACGAUCUUUCGGCGAUGAUCCAAAGAAAGUUGCAGAGUUUGCAUCUGGGGCCGCCCGAGGAAUCGUCUCAGAACGAGUAGCGCCCACCGCGAAGCAUUUCCCCGGGCACGGCGAUACACACGUUGACUCGCAUCUUUCCCUGCCAGUGAUUGCAAAGACAAAAGCUCAGCUCGCCCAGGAAGAACUCGUGCCCUUCAAGGCGCUGAUCGACGCUGAGGUUCCCUGUGUCAUGACUGGACACAUGGCGCUCCCGUUGAUAACAGGCAAUGAUACACCAUGUUCUCUGUCAAAAGAUAUCACGGCGUCACUUCUGAGAGAGGAGCUGAGAUUCAGCGGAGUAGUGGUCACGGAUUGCCUGGAAAUGGACGCCAUCGCUGAGCCCGAGCAGGGCGGAUGCGGAGUUGAAGAAGGUGCGCUGAGAGCUCUGAAGGCCAGGGCGGACAUCGCGAUGAUCUGUCAUACAUUCGAGAAGCAGAAAGGUGCGGUCGAGAGGGUGUAUAGGGCGCUUGAGCAGGGUGAGGUUCAACUGGAAGCACUGAAGGAAAGUGGGGUAAGAAUUGCCGCGAUGAAGGACGCGUUUACGGCAGGAUGGGAUGAAGAGGCCACGUACUCCGACAUCCACGCAAGCCACCUGGAACUCGCCCGCAACGCGUAUUCAAAGAGCACGACGGUGGUAUGGAAUGCAGGAAAUGUUUUGCCGUUGAAGAUGCUCGAUCAACGGCUACUGUUGCUGACACCUGCGAUGGAGUCGGUAAACAGGGCGGUUGAUUCAGGCGACGGGAUUUUGAGAGGGCCGAAUGGUGUGGUGCGGAACACUGCGGGCCCUUCGUAUUUGGCGCUGGCAAAGAUGUUUGAGGAAAGAGUGAAGACCACGCAUGUCGUCUAUGGAGAGAAUGAUGCGGUCCCGACGCUGGACAGCGUUGGAGGAGUUGUUUUCGUGAUGAGGAAUGGAGAUCUUCGACGGUGGCAGCUCGAGUAUCUGGAACACUUGAGUCCGAGCGUUCCGCUAGUGCUGGUUUCGAGCUGCGGGCCAUACGACCUUGCAGAUGUGCGUAGCGAGUAUGAGGGCUGGACGGCGUAUGUGCAGACAUUCGAGUUCACGGCGGCAGCGUUUGAGGGUCUGGUGUCGAGAAUCUUAUCUGAUACUUGA